UGAUAAUCUGUGGUCGGCCAUUUUGGAUUUUGAUAACUAGUCGAGUCUCUGAAACAAGUCCAUGUUUUCCAAUCUACCUGCAUUUAAAAUAAAAAAUAUCACCCAAAAACUACACACCGACAACCGUGAAAAGUUCGUUUUACCUACUCCAUGUGGAAGUUUGUCGCGGUAUCGAGGAAUUCGUGCUCAAGGAUCAGCUGUCACUCACCAUUGACGUGUAGAUUACAAACAAAUCUUGAGAUUGGGCUGCUAUGGUGUUGUCGCAAUGAACGGCACGUUUUAUGAGCAGCUGGGGGGUGUAACAGGGGUAUUCGAGCAGUGGGGUGCAUGCGAAAAGACUGUGACAGCCUGUGUGCUCGCCAGACGGGUCCCUUGGCCAGGACUAAGAUUAGUGCAGCGGGCCGUAGAGGCUGCACUUAGGAAUCAUGUGGAAGACGAACGACUCCAGAGAGACGCGAAUGACGAGGCUUUGCUGACGAGCCUCCUCACUACAAGAGGGGACGAUGAAGAUGACGACGGUGGUGAUAGACUAUAUCAACUCUUAACAUUAUUACCUCUACUGAACACAGACAACGAACGUGUUAAAGACAUUUACAUGAAUGCUAUGCCAGUGUUAGUUCAAAGGUGUGUAGAUUCCCCACGAAGAACAUCGCUGGCUCCAGAAUUAUGCAGACAGCUGUUGUCUUACAUGCUGGUGCAUCCUGCAUUAACACAUCAUGAUCAGAGGACAUUAACACAGUGGCUGCGUUACUUAGAGAAUCACAUAUCCGGUAACAGAAAUACAGAAAGCGUUUGGCAACAACGGAUAGACCCCUGUCUCCUUCCUGACACCAAUAUAUGGAGUACAAACAACUCAUUCAGAAGAACGAUAGGCAAAAAUGUUGAAUUUCGAUGUAUUUUAGAUCCUUUGGAUCAAUUCAACAAUGAUUUACUUCAAGAAUCAUUCUCUAAGAAUGGUCGUGAUGUUGAUUUAAAUUUAGACGGAGACAAAUUGUUAUUUGAGGCAGCAAUAGCCCAACCAAAGUCUCAAAGAUCAAAUAGUUUAACUCCACCUUCAACGAAUUUUCUUCAAAUGUCCUCGUCAGCUGAGAAUUUGAGUGAUGAGCCUUUUGUUCAGAAACCGAGAAGUUUCUCCCUCUCCAGCGAGCACAGCUUGAGCCAAAUCAGGCCCAUUAGUAUAAUGUAUGGGACAACGGGCAGCGAAACUCGCUUAGAUGAUCUAAGAUCGAAUAACUUCACUGAACACCCUGGAAUGUCGACUGUUGCUCAGUGGUUGAAAAGUCUAAGGUUGCAUAAGUAUGUGUGGCUAUUCACAAAUAUAAGCUAUGAUCAGAUGAUGGCAAUGGAUGAAAAGUACUUGGAGAAGCUGGGAGUGACGAAAGGCGCUCGACAUAAACUGCUCCUGUCAAUAAAGAAGUUGAACGAGCGACCCUCCGUGAUGGAAGCGAUAGAGACAGAGCUGCAGGGCACUCCGGGGACUGCGGUCGUGGGGCGAGCUCUGGAGAGGCUUCGGGGAGUGUUGCUCAGCCCGAUGCCACCUUCAACUGAACUUCCAGGCUCCAUUGUCAGGGCCUUGCAACUUGCAUCGAAAUGCCUGAACAACUCGUCGAACAUCAACCACCGUCUGUCUGUGCCCAGCAGCGAUGAUGACCACGAGCCGCCGGUGGACCCCAUGUCCUUACAUUGCUGGCUCGUUGAAAAGGCGCUGCACCACGAGUCCUUCAGCUCGGCGAGCCUGCAGGACGGCCUCAAGCGGCUGAGGCACCGCCUGCCGCCCAGACAGUUCUACCGGCACGUGGGCGACAUGCCGCACCGACACCGACACGCCAAGCCCAGAUGGCGGAUGCCUCCACACAACGGGUACCAAAAGCCUCAAAAACGCAUAUGGAGCUGCAAACCUCAAACGGGCCCCGGUCCCCCCCACCCGCGCCCCAAGUCCCACUCCUACCCCCCAUACGUGGGCGCCGCGCCCCCCGCGCUGCCCCGCCCGCCCCCCACCCCCAACGACGAAUACUCCAGCCUCGACGCGCUGUGUCUACAGAUGACUGAACAGGCCAUUAAUUAAUGACUCUCAUUUGAAAUAUAAAAAAAGCAAUCGAAUUAAUUUAUUGUGUGCAGUGUCGAUAUCGCUGUCUCGACUUCUAUAACGAACGGUUGUGUCCAGUGUUCGGUCGUCGAUAAUGUCUCAAAUCAUUUCAACUCUGAUUCAGCAAAUAGAUCGUUAUUUUUUAAAUUAUGUGGACACAUUAACGGUAUUCUAAAUGAACCAUACAUCGAAACUAUAAUUAAAAAUAAAUUGAAAUGUUGCCAACGCAACUUAGUGAUUUUUUAUUUAUUAGAUGAUAAAUCUAUUUUAUAACAUUUGACAGUUUAUCGAUAUGUUAGUAUCGUGACGAUAAUACGUAUUUAUAUUGAUAGAGCGGUCAGACAUGGCGACGCGACGACAACUCUGAUGUUUAAACUUUAAUCGAUUUUUUUGUAUAAAUAUUUUGUGACUUUCGGAAUUUUGGUGUUAAGUGUAUUUCAGUGGUUUUUUUUUAUUAUUAUAAACAUGACUGGGUAUGCGCCGGGCAGUGCCCUUAAUAAUAAUUUUAUUACGAAAGUAAAUAACUAAUAUAUAAAUGUUGACUUUUCUCUGUUGUUGAAAUAAGUUAGAUAAAAUAAAUUUAUUGUUUUUUUUUAAUGCAUUUUAUAGUCAAAACUUUUGAAUACGUGAUUACAUACGGUUACAUAGAUUAAUAGUUAAAUUUAUUCUGGUGCUAAUUUCGCAUUGUUGUUUUUAAUUUGGAGAAGCAAUGAAAUCUUAUGUCAUUAUGCCUUCAAUAAUAUUUUAUUAAAAGUUAAAACUGUUUUUAUUUAAUGAAAAUGAAAAUUAAUGUUUUAUAAAUGGCCUAUUGUAAUACAUCGACGAUUACGUUUUAUUUUUUGUUUUUAUUUUUAUUAAAUCCAACAAAGUACCUUUCUAUGCAUGUCUGCAUUAAGUCAACAAGGAUUCAGCGUAUUAUAAAUACAAUAAAACUUGUCGUCUAAUAGACAUUGCUAUUCUAAUUUAACAAAAUUUACACUAUUUCGGACCGAUGUUGAACAAGUCUAUAAAAACAUUGAAAAACCGAUCCAAUAAAACUAGUCUUCAAUGAUCACAAUGACACUACCUACCUCCUACUUGUCGAUUUAGGACCUCAAGAAGUCUCUUGUACUUAUACUCUGAUUGUCUCCUUCAGGGCGGAGCCUGUGUACUGCCACUGAAUGAAUGUAAACAAUUUCUUUUUUGGCCCUAUCCUUGUAUUUAAUAUGCGCUGAAUCCUAUAAUAUAAUAUAAAUAUUUAAUUUAAUUAAUUUUCGUUAUUUAUUUAUACAUAUAUAAAUUGACUAAUGUUUUUUUUAUGGUUUUCGGGAAUAUACGUGAACUAGUAACACCCAGUGGUUAUAUUUCUAUGUAAUUGUAGGUUAUAAAAUUCGUGUAAACAUAAAUGGACGCAAUUAAACCUAAAGUAGGUAAUAUUAUCGAACCCAAUUAUAACAAUAACUUGAGAGCAAGGCUGCUCAAUCUAACGACGCUUUUGCUACUUGAAGUUUUGAGACGUAUUUAAGCGUCAUCAAAUUUAUCAAUAGCGGUAUUGUUAAAGUGUUUAAAACUAUCUACUUUCCGAGCAACGAAUACUCAACAAAGUUCUAAAAUCAACUGUUACUAUAUCAUUAAAAUGGCUUUUUAUUUAUUAAUUUUUUAUUGCUUAGGUAGAUGGACGAGCUCACAGUCCACCUGGUGUUAAGUGGUUACCGGAGCCCAUACACAUCUACAACGUAAAGGCGCCACCCACCUUGAGAUAUAAGUUCUAAGGUCUCAAUAUAGUUACAACGGCUGCCCCACCCUACAAACCGAAACGCAUUACUGCUUCAUGGCAGAAAUAGGCAGGGUGGUGGUACCUACCCGCGCGGACUCACAAGACGUCCUACUACCAUAAUGGCUCUUAGUACUUUUGUCAGGCCUAUACCUGAUUUCGGAAACGUGUGAGUUUAGGCUAUUCGCUAGAGAAAGGGUCUCUGUUGUUUACUAUAAACAAGGCAACAUACCCAUUAUUCAGCUUAUCUCUAAUUGCAUUAGAGCAAUUACAGUUCUCCCUUUGAAUUUAAAGGCUUUAAUAGUCUCUCAAUACGAGAAAACCUCUUGAAUACAACUACAACUUCUCAAUCGUGAGGUUUGACAACGAACGUUUAUUUGCGUCCAUUUUUAUUUGACGAUUCAACAAUAUGCCCAUCACAGUAAAUAGACAAAUUAUUAUAUUUAUUUUUUAAUUUGACUGGAUCAAAACAGAAUGAUUUACGAAUUGUGCAAUUUGUAGGUAAUUAAAAUUUAAUUAAAUGUUAAUAUAAACAUCUAAGAAGUAAAUAAGUUAAGUUUAAAUAGGUACCUACAUAUUUUAUUUAAAAAAAGUUAAAAGUGAAAGCAUUAACAUUUUGUAAAUGUAAAGAUUACCUAAAAAAAUUUAUUAUUUGUUGUUAAAAAUGAAUAAAAAAAUUUUUGUCGCUCACAUUUAUCUGCGAUAGUAAUUAAAUGAAGCCUGUCGAAUAAUGAAUGAAAUAAAGAACUUUAAAAUGAUGUGUCGAAAAAUCUAAAAAAAAAUAUUAUUUACAACUGCAUUAACGGGGUUAUGAGUCUAAAUAUUAUAUUAAAUAAAGAAGUUAUAUCUUCACAAACAUGUGUAAAUUUUUAUUCAACUUUUGAUAAAUGUGUGUGACAAAAUGAAAACUUUCAAUUAAGAAGAGCUUAAUUCAGCAAUAAUUGUUCAAUGUACAGAUAAAAAUGUUCUCUGGAGCUUGGUUUUGUAGCGGCCCUUCGAAACGUGGGUCCAGUGUUCAUUCGCAAUGAUAUAAAAUAUUAUAGCAUA